CCUUGAAACCAAUCACUUCCUUUUCCGGUGCCCUUGGAUCUGCGUUCGAGGGAAAGGAGGAAGAGGGGAGAAGGGAAAGUAUUCAAGAUGCUUCGGAACGUUUUGGCUCUUCGAAACAUUUCCCAGCGAACCAUAAGUACUGCCUCACGCAGGCAGAUUGAAAACAGGGUUUCAGAACACCAGAAACUUUUCCAGGAAGAUAAUGGCAUUCCAGUAUACCUCAAAGGUGGAAUAACAGAUGGACUGCUGUACCGAUUUACCAUGGCUCUUUCUGUUUUUGGAACGGGCUUUGUCAUUUAUGAACUCUUGAUGGCUGCAAUGCCCAAGAAGCAGAAAUGACUCCAGUAUAUAGGGCGCAUCUUUGAGAAACUUUGCUCUGUCCCAUUCCAUUACACUCUUCAGGGACCUUCCUUGUCCUUGUCCUAUAUGAUUGAUGUGUCUGGGAUCAAUAUUUAUUGAGUUGUACUGUUGUAAACCACAAUCAAUAAAGCCGUUUUACAUUGCUGUGA